AUGUCCAACUUUCCAGACUCCCUUUCACGUGGCACAAUGCGCUCCAGGAGGCUGCGUCUAGCCUGUGAUACCUGCCACAGGGCGAAAAUACGAUGCACCGGCGGUAGCCCCUGUAAGAAGUGUGAGAACGCCUACACCCAAAAGCUUGGCAAACCCAAGGGCAGCCGGAACAAGAGGACACUUGCUAGGCUGAACGCAUCCAACAGUGGGCGACAGCAGCCAGCAAGGACCCCGGACAGACUGCUACCAUUAUCGUUGCCAGUUUCAAAGACCCCUUCUCCAACAAUUGCCGAGACCCCUUCGAGGACUUUACUAGACUAUCAGCCAUUGGAGGCCGAUCUCGGAUGUCCCUGGGUAGACCCUUUCUUCGAUCUCGAUGCUACAGUGUAUCCUCCACCACCGGAUGGAGGCCUGUGUCAGCUCGAACCUACCUACCCAACCUUGAAAAACGGAACCGAAAACGGGCAGUCCAAUGAAAUUGACACAUUCGAUUCCACACAGCAGCAUCCAGACGCAAGGCUCACAUCCCCAAUCGGUACUACUAUCAACGACGACAUAUAUAGAGUUGACGUUCAACCGCGUGUGGUUACACAGAAGCCGAAUGCUACAACCCCCAGCCACAUUCCGGCUUCUUACCCUCCCAACAGGGCACCCUUCGGCACUUCUAUCACUUCAUCCCUCCUCUUUGAAAAUCCCAGCCCAAUCCAACGCGAAGAGGGAACCUCAUGUUCCUGCAUCCGGCUGCUAACAGAACAACUCUAUCUCCUCCAUUCUACGGAACGCAACAACCUUGCCAUACCGUUCGAUCGGGUUCUAUCAAUGGCUUCAACGUUCAUUGGCUGUGCUGACGGUGUCCUACACUGUGUGCUGUGCCGACUUGACAGCACGGUAUUGCGACUAAUCAUGACGGUGCUCCAGACAAUUUUCAGCUGGGUUUAUAUGGGUUAUAGCGAGCAGCCCGGGUCCCCCAAACUGCCCCCCAUUCACUUUGGCGAUUGGAGGGUUCCGGAGCAGGAUGGGGAAAUGGUGAAGCUGCUGCUUACAAGGCACCUGCUAUCCCUCUGUCGCUCUGUGGUUCGUAUCCUACAGCUCCGGGUGGAUGAGAUGCAUCUACUUGCCAAAGUCCAAACGAGGUUUCAUUGUAUGGACACUGCAAGCAUGAGUGUUCUAGCAGAACGACUAUCUAGCUCACUGUCGGAUGUUAUUCACCUGGUUCAGCAUUGCGGCAAGGGGAAGGAUGUGAUCCCCGACUCGCCAUCAUCUCAGAAGAGCCCUGAAAAAAGUGGAACUGUCGCAGAGUCGGGUUAG